AUGAGCGCGCCGAGCUCCGGCCGCCGCCCCCGGGAGCCGCGCAGGCCGCGAGCCGCCGCCAUGGCCACGCCGCUGUCCAGCCGCGCGGGCGGGCCCGCCACGCCGCUGUCGCCCACGCGCCUGUCGCGGCUGCAGGAGAAGGAGGAGCUGCGGGAGCUCAACGACCGCCUGGCGCACUACAUCGACCGCGUCCGCGCGCUGGAGCUGGAGAACGACCGGCUGCUGCUCAAGAUCUCGGAGAAGGAGGACGUGACCACGCGCGAGGUGAGCGGCGUCAAGGCGCUGUUCGAGGCGGAGCUGGCCGACGCCCGCAGGGUGCUGGAUGAGACAGCCCGGGAACGUGCCCGCCUGCAGAUCGAGGCCGGCAAGCUGCAGGCCCAGCUGGAGGAGGCCAGCAAGAGCGCCAAGAAGCGUGAGACUGAGCUGGCCGGGGCUCAGGGCCGCGUGAAGGACCUGGAGGCGCUGCUGCAACGUAGUGAGGCCGAGCUGGCCACCGCCCUGAGCGAAAAGCGAGGCCUGGAGGGUGACGUGUCUGAGCUCCUGGCCCAACUGGCCAAGGCUGAGGAUGGCCACGCUGUGGCCAAGCAGCAGCUGGAGAAAGAGACGCUGACGCGGGUGGACUUGGAAAACCGCUGCCAGAGCCUACAGGAGGAGCUGGACUUCCGCAAGAGCGUGUUUGAGGAGGAGGUGCGGGAGACGCGGCGGCGGCACGAGCGGAGGCUGGUGGAGGCGGACAGCAGCCGGCAGCAGGAAUACGACUUCAAGAUGGCGCAGGCGCUGGAGGAGCUGCGCAGCCAGCACGACGAGCAAGUGCGACUCUACCGGCUGGAGCUGGAGCAGAGCUACCAGGCCAAGCUGGACCACGCCAAGCUGAGCUCGGACCAGAACGACAAGGCGGCCAGCGCGGCGCGUGAGGAACUGAAGGAGGCGCGCGUGCGCGUGGAGUCCCUCAGCUUCCAGCUGGCCGGGCUGCAGAAGCAGGCCAACGCCGCGGAGGAACGCAUCCGGGAGCUAGAGGCAAGCGCGGCCGGCGAGCGUGACAAGUUUCGCAAACUACUGGACGCCAAGGAGCGGGAGAUGACCGAGCUGCGGGAGGUGAUGCAGCAGCAGCUGGCGGAGUACCAGGAGCUGCUGGACGUGAAGCUGGCCCUGGACAUGGAGAUCAACGCCUACCGCAAGCUGCUGGAGGGCGAGGAGGAAAGGUUGAAGCUGAGCCCCAGCCCGUCCUCGCGUGUCACCAUCUCGCGGGCCACGUCGAGCAGCAGUGGCAGCAGCGUGUCCGCGGCGGCGCGCCCGGGGCGCAGCAAGCGGCGGCGGGUGGAGGUGGAGGAGCCAGCGGGCAGCGCGUCCAGCCACAGCAGCAGCAGCAGCAGCUUCCGCCUGGCUCAGCAGGCCUCGGCCGCGGGCGGCGUUAGCAUCGCCGAGGUGGACCUGGAGGGUCGGUUCGUGCAGCUCAAGAACACCUCAGACAAGGACCAGCCCCUAGGGAACUGGAGGAUCAAGCGGCAGGUGCUGGAGGGUGAUGAGAUCGCAUACAAGUUCACACCCAAGUACGUGCUGCGCGCUGGCCAGACGGUCACGGUGUGGGCCGCAGGUGCAGGCGUGGCACACAGCCCCCCAGCCACGCUGGUGUGGAAGAGCCAGAGCAGCUGGGGCACGGGUGAGAGUGUGCGCACGGUGCUGGUGAACGCAGAUGGCGAGGAGGUGGCCAUGCGGACAGUGAAGCAGUCGGCCGCGGUGCGGGAGGAUGAGGAGGACGGGGAGGAGGCGGAAGACGACGACGAGGAGGCCGAGCUGGGCGAGGAGGACCUGUUCCACCAGCAGGGCGACCCCCGCACCACGUCGAGAGGCUGCCGCGUCAUGUGAGCCCCUCGCCCGCCCACCCGCGAUCCCCACUACUGUUUUUCUAUCAUUGGCUUUGCUAGACUGUGAUCCACUUCUCCAGUUUUUAAGCAGCUUCCCCAGGUGUGGGUGGGAUCCCUGCCAUGAUCCCCCCACUCCACAAUGGAGGUUCCUGGGACCCGCCCCGUCCAUCCUGCACCCCGUAGCCAGCCCCGUGGGCCCCCAUCCCGCCUGCCCUGCGCCCCAUGGCCAGCCUGCACGCCCCCAUACCUGACCUGCCCAUGGACCAAGCGGAUGGCGUGGGGGGACGAGCGAGCUUCUCGAGAGCCCACGUGGAAUCCCACCCGUGCUGCACAGGACACCCCGCAGCCCCCCGUGUGUGUGUGCCCCUCGAAACACAGCCACCCAGGGGCGAGUGGGCGGUGUGGGCCUGUCCACGUCAGAUGGGGACAUGGGCGGGCGCCCCGGGUCGCCGGGUGUACCCUACGUGGGCUGGGGGCACCCUGUGAGUAAUCCGUGUCACUGUGGGAACCCUGUGUCGGCCGUGCACACCCCGCGGGCACCCCGUGUCACCAUGUGUACCCCGUGUCACCGUGCGCACCCCGCGGGCACCCCGUGUCACCAUGUGUACCCCGCGUCACCAUGCGCGCCCCGUGGGUACCCCGUGUCACCAUGUGUACCCCGUGUCACCGUGCGCGCCCCGCGCGUACCCCAUCUGUGCGCCCACCUCCCUGCCCGAGCUGCUGCCCACCGGCCGGCGGUUCCAGGCCACCCACCCACCCACACCCACAGAAGUUAUUUUUUUAACGGAUAUUUAUUUUUGUACGGGGCCGCCGGAGGCCGACCACCGCCGGGGAGCGGGUCUGGGGCGCGGGGCAGCGCGUCCGGGGCGGGAACCUUUUGUACAGACACUCCAAUAAACGUUUUCAUUGUA